GAUUGGUGUGUCACUGGGAGUAGUCGCGACCAGCUCUAGUGUGCUUAGCCAUUUUAUUCCCUGCCCUUUUCCAGCGAGUUCUCCAGUCUGUGAGGGACAGACACUCCGGUUGAGCAACUUAAAGCAGCAAAGGCACCAGCACCAAUCAACCGCAAGCGUGUCUCGUGUCGUGUGUUCUCUGUAGUGCGCGCGAACGUACAAGCAAGGUGUUGCAGCAUGAGUGUCGCUACUGCUACAGCGUCCAGCAAAGAUCUGCCCGAUAUUGAGAGUUUGCUUGCUCUUAAUCCGCGCGUGAAAACCCACGGCAGCCUGGUGCCGACGGUGCAAACGAAGCAAACGAAGAAACAGUGGAAACGCAACACCGACCGCUCCUGCACGUCCUGCCAACCGCUCACCAAUGACUUCUCGGACAUCAAGCACACGACGCUCGGGGAGCGGGCCGCGCUGCGGGAAGCCGCGCGCUGCCUCAAGUGUGCCGAUGCACCGUGCCAGAAGUCCUGCCCGACCCAGCUCGACAUCAAGAGCUUCAUCACGAGCAUCGCCAACCGGAACUACUACGGUGCGGCCAAGGCCAUCUUCUCGGACAACCCGCUCGGGUUGACGUGCGGUAUGGUCUGCCCGACCAGCGAUCUGUGCGUCGGUGGUUGCAACCUGGCCGCGGUCGAGGAGGGCCCGAUCAACAUCGGCGGUCUGCAGCAGUUCGCGACGGACGUGUUCCGGCAGAUGGGCCUACGCCAGAUCGUGCCACCGAACGUGCGGCCGCUCGCGUACCCGCGCAAGCGGAUCGCCCUGCUCGGCGGUGGCCCGGCUUCGCUGUCGUGUGCCACCUUUCUGGCACGGCUCGGGUACACCGACAUUACGGUGUACGAGCGCAACAGUUACCUCGGGGGGCUGAGCUCCUCCGAGAUACCGCAGUACCGGUUGCCGAUCGAUGUCGUCAACUUUGAGGUGCAGCUGGUGAAGGAUCUGGGCGUACGGUUUGAGCUGGGCCGGUCCCUGUCCGUGCGCGAUCUCACCGUCCGUGGACUGCUCCAGGAAGGUGGCUGCGAUGCAGUGUUCCUGGGCAUCGGGCUACCCGAGCCGAAGAUCGAUCCGGUGUUUGCCGGGCUUGGCAUCGAGCAUGGUUUCUACACGUCCAAGAGCUUUCUGCCGAAGGUGUCGUCCGGUAGUAAGGCGUGCCUGUGUGCCGGGGCCCCCACCCUUCCGCGGCUGUCCGGUAACGUGAUUGUGCUCGGUGCCGGCGAUACGGCGUUCGAUUGUGCGACGUCGGCGUUACGGUGCGGUGCUCGCCGUGUUUUUGUGGUGUUCCGCAAGGGCAACAACAACAUCCGGGCCGUCCCGGAGGAGGUGGAACUGGCACGGGAGGAGCGGUGCGAGUUCAUUCCGUUCAUGGCACCGAAACGGGUGCUCCGGGAGACCGGGGAUGGGCGGAUCGUGGGGCUGGAGCUGUGCCGCACCGAGCAGGACGACGACGGUAACUGGAUCGUGGACGAGGAGCAGACGACGCGCCUCAAGGCCAACUAUAUCAUCUCGGCGUUCGGUUCCGGGCUGUCCGAUCCUGACACUAUUGAAGCGUUGGCCGGUAUCAAGCUGAACCGCUACGGACUACCGGAGGUCGAUCCGCGGACGCAGCAAACAUCGCUGGGCAACGUGUUCUGUGGCGGUGAUCUAGCCGGUGCCGCCGAAACGACGGUCGAGUCGGUGAACGAUGGUAAGACGGCCGCCUGGUACAUGCACUGCCAGCUGCAGGGUUUGCCGUUCGAUGGGAAGGUCGAGUUGCCGCUGUUCUACACGCAGAUCGACACCGUGGACCUGUCGGUGGAGGUGUGCGGUGUCCGGUUCGAGAAUCCGUUCGGGUUGGCGUCGGCCCCCCCCACGACCAGCACCGCCAUGAUACGGCGGGCGUUCGAGCAGGGCUGGGGUUUCGCCGUGACCAAAACGUUCGCACUGGACAAGGACGUGGUGACGAAUGUGAGCCCACGGAUCGUGCGGGGUGUCACGGCCGGGCACAACUAUGGACCGCAGCAGGGCGCAUUCCUGAACAUUGAGCUCAUCUCGGAGAAGUGCCCGAACUACUGGUUGGCCGGUAUCCGUGAGCUGAAGCGUGACUUCCCGACGAAGGUCCUGAUCGCCAGUAUCAUGUGCACGUACAGUGAGCAGGACUGGACGGAGCUGGCGAAGCGGGCCGAGCUGGCCGGGGCCGAUAUGCUCGAGCUGAAUCUGUCCUGCCCGCACGGUAUGGGUGAGUCGGGGAUGGGGCUCGCCUGCGGUCAGGAUCCCGAGCUGGUGUACAACAUUUCGGUGUGGGUCCGGCGUGCCGUCCGGAUACCGUUCUUCGUGAAGCUGACACCCAACAUUACGGAUAUUGUGGCGAUUGCACAGGCGGCCCAACGGGGCCAGGCGGAUGGGGUAUCGGCGAUCAAUACGGUGCAGGGUUUGAUGUCGCUCCGUACCGACGGUACACCGUGGCCAGCGGUCGGUAUUCACAAGCGCACCACGUACGGGGGUGUGUCCGGGAAUGCGACCCGCCCUCAGGCACUCCGGGCGGUGUCGCUGAUCGGCAACAAGCUGCCCGGUUUCCCGAUCUGUGGUAUCGGUGGGAUCGAUUCGGCCGACGUAGCCCUCCAGUUUAUCCAGUGCGGUGCGCCGAUCCUGCAGAUCUGCUCGUCCGUCCAGAACCAGGACUUUACCGUCAUCGAGGAUUACGUGACGGGGCUGAAGGCGUUGCUGUACCUCAGGGCGAACCCACCGCCGGCGGGGCUUGGCGGGUGGGAUGGGCAGUCGCCACCGGUGGGCAAGCUGCAGAAGGGCAAACCGGUGGUGCCGCUGCGGGAUGCGGACGGUAAGACGGUGCUGCACUUUGGUGAGUACAAGCGGCGCCGCGAAGCCGAGGUGGCCAAGUUACGGCAGGAGCAUGGACCACUGUGGGAACCGACGACGACGACGACGACUGAGGAGUGCGCGAUCGCGAAUGGUACGCCGAAGGAUGCUCCCAGGAUCCAGGAUGUGCUUGGGGUGGCCCUGUCCCGGAUUGGGGACUACAAGCGGCUGGACAACACGAAGCAGGUGGUGGCUCUGAUUGACGAUGACCUGUGCAUCAACUGUGGCAAGUGCUAUAUGACCUGCGCUGACUCGGGCUACCAGGCGAUCCGCUUCGACAGCAACACGCACCUGCCGCACGUCACCGACGACUGUACCGGUUGCAACCUCUGCCUGUCCGUUUGCCCGAUCAUCGAUUGCAUCAGUAUGGUGCCGAAGAAAAUCCCUCACGUCAUCAAGCGCGGGAAACUGGAGUCUACGCUGACGGUGCAUGCCCUGGGGCAGAUUGGGCAGUAGAGUGCCCGGAUGUUCGGAUGUUCGGAUGCGUCGGUUUUUCGUUCAAGACCACCACCAGCAGGGGUCCGUCUCUAGGUCUCGAUUUUAUUUAGGUUUUUUCCUUUUACAGAUUUGUUUUUUUUUUAUUCACUGGAGCAUUCUGGAGGUGUGUUCACCAGUCACAACUCAGGCAGCUGUGCUUUUUUUU